CUCAGUGUGAGCUCCAGGGGGCGGUGCGCCGAGGCGGCGGGAACUGGCCAUUGGUGGCUUUGAAGACGCGGCGGGCGGGAACAUCUGCUAAGGAGCGACCGGCUGGCGAUGAGCGCCGUGCCAAAGAGAUGGAUGAAAAUACUGCUGAGUUUCUCAAGAGGACCAUCUUGAAAAUCCCAUUGACUGAAAUGAUGACCAUCCUAAGUGCCUGGGAUUUUUUGUCUGAGAAUCAGUUGCAGUCUAUAAACUUCCGGCAGAAAAAGGAAUGUCUUGUCCAGGACUUGCUUCUGCUUUGUGAGGAAAAGCGCGCAAGUCUUAAUGAUGUGGCACUUUUAGACAUCAUCUAUACUCAGUUUCAUCAGCACCAGAAAGUUUGGGAUGUUUUUCAGCUGAGUAAAGGACCAGGUGCAGACAUUGAUCUUUUUGAUAUGGAACAAUUCAAAAGGGCAUUUAAGAGAGUUCUUCAGAGAGCAUUAAAAAAUGUGACGGUCAGCUUCAGAGAUGCUGAGGACGAUGCAGUGUGGAUUCGAAUUGCCUGGGGAACACAGUAUAAAAAGCCAAACCAGUACAAGCCUACUUACAUGGUGUAUUAUUCCCAGACUCCUUAUGCCUUCAUUUCUGCCACCUCUCUGAAGAGUACUAUACCCCUUUUGGGCCAGGCAUUAACAAUUGCUAGCAAACACCAUCAGAUUGUGAAAAUGGACCUCAGAAGCCGAUAUCUGGACUCUCUUAAGGCUAUUGUUUUUAAACAGUAUAAUCAGACGUUUGAAACUCACAGCUCUACUACAUCUCAACAAGAAAGAAGCCUCGGGCUAGAUAUGAAUAUGGAUUCGAGGAUCAUUCAUGAAAACAGAAUAGAAAAAGAGAGAGUCCAAAGAGUGACCCAAGAAACCUUUGGAGACUAUCCUCAACCAAGACUGGAAUUUGCACAAUAUAAGCUUGAAACGAAAUUCAAAAGUGACUUAAAUGGAGGCAUCUUGGCUGAGAGAGAGGAGCCCAUCCGGUGCCUAAUAAAGUUCUCUAGCCCACAUCUUCUGGAAGCAUUGAAAACCUUAGCACCAGCUGGUAUUGCAGAUGCACCACUUUCUCCACUGCUCACUUGCAUACCCAACAAGGGCAUGAAUUAUUUUAAAAUUAGAGAUAAAUAAGGUGUGUGUGGUAUUGUAAGCACAACAGCUCCUUUAUUGUGCACACAUUUCAGUUAAGGACUAACUGGAUAACUGCUGUCUAUAAACUUGUAUUAUAAAAUUAAUCCUUAAUAUUGACAAUUAAAUGUUCACAUAGCUGUUGGAACUGGUUCUUUCCUACUCCUUGGUAUGUCCCCUUCUCCACUGUAUCCUGCAAAGCAUAACAGUGUGGGCCUUUAAGAUGUACGAGGAUAUAUAGACAGAUGGCUCCAGACUUGACCUUGAAUCUGAAUGCUCUGGAGUAAAGCAUGUCACACACUGGUUUAUAUAUCCAGUGUCCUAUCCAUGCCUGUCUCUCCUCAAUCCUGGGAAGACCUGAUUCCAAUUGUUGGUUUCUAAGAAUUUACUCUUAAGCCUUGGAUCACAAAAAGAACCACAAAACUGUACCCAACUUAAAAUUUUCUAGGAGAAUCCUUUAAUUGGUCCAAUUCAGAGGGUAAACUUGGGCCAACUAAAUUUUGAUUGCCAGAGUAAUAUAUCAGAUGAUUCAGUUCUAUGAAAUACUUGUUUUGUUGUAAAAACUUUUCCUGUUCUGUUUUAUCAUAUAUGUGGCAUUCAGACUGACCAAUUUUAUAUAUGGACUUUUGAAUAAAGAUAUUUAAAAA